AUGUACUCGCAUGCUGACGCACUGGACGAUCCAUUGGAGGACGGCGACCAGGUUGCGGCGACACCCCAGUCUUGUGCUCGUACCGAGCCGGUCGAGCGACUUGUCAAAGGCGGCGUUCCUCACGAAUGGACAUUCAACAACAGGCGAAGGGCGUUUGCGCUUCGCCUAGCCGCCCGCAACUUGAGAUGGGAUGCCAUUGUCGGCUUGUUGGAGGCUGGUGCCGACGUCAACGCGGCUGACGAUCAGGGACAAACUGCGCUGAUGUCGACAAACCCGAAAAGGUCGUUGGUCUACGACAACCUACAAGCGUUUGUGGCCUUUGGGGUCGAGGUCAAUGCCCAAGACCACUCAGGGAAAACGGCUCUCCAUCAUUUCCUCAGGGCCUUUGCCGAGUGGCCCGAUCGCCAGCGGACAACCGAAAACGCAAAGGAGGUCCUCCAAUUUCUUAUGGAAGAGGGCGCAGACCCGCUUAUUCGCGACAACAAUGACGUUACGGCCUUUGAGACGGCGGUCAAAUGCAAGCACGUCUGGGCUAUCAACAUGAUGUCGCUCAUGUGCAAACUCGACCCAAACAUGUCGUUUGGUGGCCUAGACAAGGGACAAAGACUCUUUCUCGCCGCUGGGUGUGCUCAUCAGUAUAAAGCCUUAUACAGGUAUGACGAAGGGGAGCACCCCCCGGAUGCCGACCACAAUGAGCUCAUGUCCUUGAGGGGGGCCCAUGACAUGAUAAUGGACAUGGACCUGCUCGACCCUGACGAUGAUUUCCCAACAGGGCUCUGGGAUGCCCAAAGUCGCUUCAAGGCAACCCAGGCGGUUAGUGAAGCGGUGAUUGACACACUGCUCAAUAUGGAUCUGUCCCAUCACUUUACAUCGUCCAUGCCCUUCUUUCUGUGGUGUCUCCCUCCGGCGCACCGGUGGCAUGUGCGGUCCUCGCACCAGCUCAUCAAGCUCACUGUUGCCCGUGUCCUCUGCCGCGGUGGUGGCUUGAGUGUAUCCCAGCUCGGCUCCGACCAGAUCAAAUCAUUGGUCAAACGGUUACGGCGAUGUCGGAAUGGGACAUGGUCUGCCAUCUGCUGGACUCGGUCCCUGACCGCGAGAUUGACAACAUCGGCGGCGAUCGGGAAACGCUGCUGUUUGCAAUUCUAG